AAUUCAACGGGUGGAAGCGUCUCGAUGCGACUAGUUGGCUCAAAUCGCUUGGACAUCCUUUUAGAAGAAGAGAGCAUAACGAUUGAGUAUUCUAGUUUGAGAAAUUUUUGUGAUGGCGACGCCAGCUGCUGUUUUAAAUACUGGUGCGAAAGUACCAUUAGUUGGUUUUGGAACGUGGAAAGCGGAACCCGGUCGGGUCGGUGAAGCUGUACGCACUGCUUUGGAAGCAGGUUACCGUCAUAUAGACUGUGCUGCAGUAUAUGGAAAUGAAAAGGAGAUCGGUCAAGUCUUCAAGGAGAUAUUUUCCAGUGGAAAGGUGAAACGGAGUGACGUAUUUGUUACUUCGAAACUUUGGAAUACCUGUCACAAGAAAGAACACGUUAUUGAAGCAUGUAAGCAAACCUUGAAGGAUCUACAGUUAGAUUAUCUCGAUCUUUACUUGAUACAUUGGCCUUGUGCUUUUGAAUUUGCUGGUUUGCCAAUUACUGAAGAAAACACUAUCCCUAAGAACAAAAAAGGAGAAAUUGCUUUUGCCAAGGUUCCUCUACAAGAAACUUGGAAGGCAAUGGAAGAAUUGCAAAAGCAGGGCUUGGUGAAAGCUAUUGGAGUGUCGAACUAUCGAAUUGUUGAAUUGCUUGAUUUGCUCAGUUACUGUGAGAUUGUUCCAGCAGUGAACCAAAUUGAAGUUCAUCCAUAUAAUCAAAGGAAGGAUUUGAAAGAGUUUUGUGAAAGUAGAGGAAUUCAUGUGACUGCAUACUCACCAUUGGGUAGUGGGAAGGAAGGACCGCUUCAAGACUCAGUUGUUCGUUCUAUUUCAGAAAAGCUUGGAAAGACUCCAGCACAAGUAUUAUUAGCGUGGGGUUUACAGAGAGGAACUUCAGUAAUUCCAAAGAGUGUGACACCCACUCGUAUCAAAGAAAACUUGAACUGUACUUUUAAAUUGGACUCGGAAGUUGUGAAACAGAUUGACCAACUUGAAAGAGGGCAAGUGGUUUGUGAUAUGCGAGAGUAUUGGGGUUUCCCUAUCGAUGCAUAAUAGAAUUGGUAGUUUUGGAUGAUUUCGUCUUGUAUGAUUUUGUGGUCAGAAUAAAGCAUUAGCGUGUGAAGAGGGAAAGAAUGAUUGGUUAAGGAAUCUCCGCCUGCCACGUAUUCA